AUGUUUUCAUUACUUGUUUUAAUUCUGUUUAUAUUUCGAAUCCCAACAUCAACAGAUUCGGCUGUUUUAUUUUUUCAUAAGAAAGUCGACAAGCAGGGUCGUUUUCAUUCACCUCAACAUGGUAGCGCAUCGGCAUUGCCCGGUACUGUUUGGACACAUUUUCAAUGUGAUUCAAAAGUAAGUCCAUUUAUUGGUAUUGGUUUUGGUUGUUAUUGUCCUGGAGCAUGGUGUUCAAAUAAUGCCCAAUGUUGUUCGCAAAUGUGUUAUAAAAAAACUUGUUACUAA